AUUAUCAUUACUUUUUGUUAAAACUAUAUAAAAUUAUAUAAAAAAAUGCCACCUAAACCAGCAGGAAAAGCCGUUAAAAAGACUCAUAAGCCCAAGAUUUCAAAAGGGGAUAAAAAGAGGAAGCGAUCUAGAAAAGAAUCCUAUGGAAUCUAUAUUUACAAAGUUUUGAAGCAAGUUCACCCCGAUACUGGGAUAUCUAGCAAAGCCAUGUCCAUAAUGAAUUCCUUUGUCAACGACCUAUUCGAGAGGAUCGCAGCCGAAUCUUCCCGCUUGACUCAUUACAAUAAACGUUCCACCAUUUCCAGUCGGGAGAUUCAAACAGCUGUCAGACUAUUGUUACCCGGUGAGUUAGCCAAACACGCUGUUAGCGAAGGAACUAAGGCCGUCACCAAAUACACCAGUUCUAAAUAGUUAUCUCUACUUUCACCAAUACCCAACAGCCCUUUUCAGGGCUACCCAUAUUUUAUAUGAAGAAAUAGUAAAUGUAUUGUUAUAAUUCAACUUGCUUAUACAAAACAGUUUAAUAAAUUAACGAAAUAUAUAUUGGCCACCUUUUUUUUUAUAAUAAAGAACGUAUAUUGAUUAUUUUUAUGGUAUUUUUUCAA